CUUCAUACCAGGGACAACCCAGAUGAAGGCCAAGGACAUUCUCUACCGACUAAAGGAGUCUAAUGCCCAGAGCAUCGUGACCACAGAUGCCCUUGCCCCGGAGGUGGACUCUGUGGCUUCUGAGUGUCCCGCUCUGAAAACCAAGCUCCUGGUGUCUGACCACAGCCGUGAGGGGUGGCUGGACUUCCGGUCUCUGAUUCAAUCAGCAUCCCCAGAUCACACCUGUAUUAAGUCAAAGACCACGGACCCAAUGGUCAUCUUCUUUACCAGUGGCACCACCGGCUUCCCCAAGAUGGCAAAACACAGCCAUGGGCUUUCCUUGCGACACUCCUUUCCUUCAAGCAGGGAAGUACUGCAGCUGAAGGCCUCUGAUGUCCUGUGGUGCCUGUCAGAUCCAGGCUGGAUAUUGGCUGCUGUGGAGACCAUGUUUGAACCAUGGACAGCAGGGUCUACAGUCUUCAUCCACCAUCUGCCCCAGUUUGACACUAAGGUCAUUGUAGAGACACUCUUUAAAUACCCCAUCACCCAGUACAUUGCUGCGUCCUCCGUAUUUCGAAUGAUUCUGCAGGAGAAUUUUGGCAG